AAUAAAAAUACGUCUUUCCGCUUCCCUUCUUGCCAGAGGCGGAAGUGACGCACGGUGCUGCCAGAGCUCGCUCUGCGUAGUCAAAGAACUCCAUUGGCGUUGUGUUCGCAGCCGACGCAAGAGCGCGAGACAGACAACAUCAUCAGAUACGAGUGAAAUACUGGAUUAUUCGCCCGCUACAAAAACCCCAGCAACCGUACUGAAAGAUAAACAUCAUGAAUCCUGUUUAUAACCCUGCAUCAUCAGGGGUUCCUUAUGCCAACCCUAAAGGAAUAGGAUACCCAGCGGGAUUUCCUGUGGGUUAUGCAGCGGCAGCUCCAGCAUACUCCCAUGGCAUGUACGCUGGUGCUAAUCCAGCCUUUCCCUCAGGUUAUGCUCCCGGGACCCCUUUCAAAAUGUCCUGCUCCCCAACAACAGGUGCUGUACCCCCCUAUUCCUCAUCACCCAACACCUACCCUGCUGCAGUCUACCCCUUGAGAAGUCCCUACCCCCAACAGAACCCCUACGCACAGCAGCAAGGCACUUACUACACACAGCCCCUUUACGCAGCACCGCCCCAUGUCAUUCAUCAUACAACGGUGGUCCAGCCCAAUGGCAUGCCAGCGGCCAUGUAUGCCCCGCCCCGCCAUAAUGGAGUCACCAUGGGAAUGGUAGGAGGCACCACCAUGGCGAUGUCAGCUGGGACAUUAUUAGCUACUCACUCUCCGACCCCAGUCGCGCCUCACCCCUCAAUGCCCACGUACCGCCCGCCUGCCACUCCCACCUACAGUUACGUGCCACCGCAGUGGUGAACACGACACUGUGAGUGCAGAGCCCAUAUUUGCCAGCUCUUAAGGUGCGGUCACAUUA